AGGCUGCUGUGGAGAGAGAAAGCUGCAGAUUUGAGCAAGUGCUUAUGAAUUAGAUAUCUAAUAUCUGUUUUUAAAAAUACACCUCACAAUGACAUCUGUAACUCUCAAUAAUGGAGCUAAGAUGCCCAUUGUUGGACUGGGAACAUGGAGGUCUCCUCCAGGUGAAGUCACGGAGGCGGUGAAAUCUGCCAUCCUGUCCGGCUACCGGCACAUCGACGGGGCCCAUGUCUAUGAAAACGAGAACGAAGUUGGGGACGGCAUCUGUGCCAUGAUUAACCAAGGAGUGGUGAAGAGAGAAGACCUUUUCAUAGUCAGCAAGUUGUGGUGCACUUUCCACGAGAAACACUUGGUCCGAGGAGCCUGUGAAAAAACCCUGAGUGAACUUAAGCUGGACUAUGUUGAUCUCUACCUCAUGCACUUUCCCAUGGGCACUAAGCCUGGAAAGGAUCUUUUCCCAAUGGAUAAGGAUGGCCGUGUGAUUCCAGACAACAGCAACUUUCUCGAAACAUGGGAGGCAAUGGAGGAGUUAGUGGACGCUGGGUUGGUUAAAGCCAUCGGUAUCUCGAACUUUAACCGGGAUCAGAUUGAGGCAAUCCUGAAUAAACCAGGACUCAAAUACAAACCUGCCAACAAUCAGAUUGAGUGUCAUCCAUAUCUGACCCAGGAGAAGCUUAUAAACUACUGUCAGUCCAAAGGCAUAACAGUCACGGCGUACAGUCCUCUGGGUUCACCAAACAGACCAUGGGCACAGGCAGAUGAGCCUUCACUACUGGAGGACCCAAAGAUCAAGGCCAUCGCAGAUAAGCAUGGUAAAACCACAGCUCAGGUCUUAAUCCACUUUCACAUUCAGAGGAAUGUUGUGGUCAUUCCCAAAUCUGUAACUCCUUCUCGAAUCAAAGAGAAUUUUGAGGUCUUUGAUUUCGAGUUGAGUAAAGAAGAGAUGAACACUAUUUUGAGUUUUAACCGGAAUUUUAGGGCUUUCGGGCUGGAAUGGGCUUCAAAACAUAAAGAUUUUCCACUGAAUGCUGAAUACUAAGGCUGUUUGCUGUGGAAGCCCAUUUCUGCCAUAGGAUAUAUAGUAUGUAGGACAAACGCACUAGGGAUUUUUCGAUCUCACAUGUGUUCUUUUAUCAUAAAUCUCAAAAAGAAAAGCAAAUCUUUAAUUUAGAGUACACUCUGAAUUCAUAACUAAAGUCUGAACUCAAAUGCAAAAAAAGAAAGGCAAGACAUAAACCAAGAAAAGUACAUUUCAUUUCUGAGCGUGUGUUUUUUUACCUUUAUUUGAUGACAGAAAUGAGCUUACUGCUUGUUGUAUCUUAUAAGCAAUGUGCAUUAAUAUUGAUUCCAGCCAUUUGAGGACCUCAAUAUGUUAGAUUGUAAAGUAACGGGCAAGCAUGUUGUUUAAAUGCUUGUAAAAUGAUAAGACUGAGAGCUGUCUGAUGCAGAGCUUUAUUUGGUUUUUUUUUUUAAAGCAUACAUCAAUACAGUAAACAAGAGCCGCUCUUGCCAACCGGAAGUGCUUUUGUUGUCACAUCAUGGAAAAAAAGGAGUAUGUUACUUCAUAUUAAAAAAAAAAUAUCCUCAGGACCAAUGCCUUCCUAUAUUGACCAAUAGUGCAAAGUUUGUGAUAUUGUUAAAAACAAUAAAACAAUUGACCAGUG